GGCACCUGGGCUCGGCGCUCCUCCCGCCCGCAGCGCCUGCUUCGCGCGUCGGCCGCUACGGUCCCGCGCAGCCCGGGAGCUGCGGGCGCAGUGCAAGCUCGGCCGCCGCCGGAUCCGGACCGCACCCGCGAUGCCGGGCAGCUUGAGACAGCCGGGUCGCGAGGCGGGCUCGGCCCUGCUCUCGCUGCCGCAGGAAGACCAGGAGAAUGUCAAGCCCGACAAGGUGGCGCCAGCCCAGCAGCCGCGGGCGCAGGCAGCGCUCAAGGCCGGGAACGCGCGGGGCCCCGCGCCGCAGCAGAGACUCAAGACUCGGCGGGUUGCGCCUCUUAAGGACCUUCCUAUAAACGAUGAGCAUGUCACUGCUGCUUCUUCCUGGAAAGCAAACAGUAAACAGCCUGCCUUCACCAUUCAUGUGGAUGAAGCAGAAGAGACUGAGAAGCCGCCAGCUGAGCAUAAAGGAACACAGUGUGAAGAUGUCCUGGCUUUUAAUGCAGCUGUCUCUUUACCUGGAGCAAGAAAACCACUGGUACCUCUCGAUUAUCCAAUGGAUGGUAGUUUUGGAUCUUUUGAGUUGGAAGAGAUAAAUACUUUGGCUUUAAUAUCAUACACAGAAUCACCACAUGCUAUGGAUAUGUCUAUUGUCAUAGAAGACGAAAAGCCAGUGAGUGUUAAUGAAGUACCUGACUAUCAUGAAGAUAUUCACACGUACCUUAGGGAAAUGGAGGUUAAAUGUAAACCUAAAGUGGGUUAUAUGAAGAAACAGCCCGACAUCACUAACAGUAUGCGGGCCAUCCUCGUGGACUGGCUAGUUGAAGUGGGAGAAGAAUAUAAACUACAGAAUGAGACCUUGCAUUUGGCUGUGAACUACAUUGAUCGGUUCCUCUCCUCCAUGUCUGUGUUAAGAGGAAAGCUUCAGCUUGUGGGCACUGCUGCUAUGCUGCUAGCUUCAAAGUUUGAAGAAAUAUACCCCCCAGAAGUAGCAGAGUUUGUGUAUAUUACAGACGAUACCUAUUCCAAGAAGCAGGUUCUGAGAAUGGAGCACCUAGUAUUGAAAGUCCUUGCUUUUGACUUAGCUGCGCCAACAGUAAAUCAGUUUCUUACACAAUACUUUCUGCACCAGCAGCCUGCAAACUGCAAAGUUGAAAGCUUAGCAAUGUUUUUGGGAGAAUUGAGUUUGAUAGAUGCUGACCCAUACCUCAAGUAUUUGCCAUCACUUAUUGCUGGCGCUGCCUUUCAUUUAGCGCUCUAUACAGUCACAGGACAAAGCUGGCCGGAGUCAUUGGUACAAAAGACUGGAUAUACCCUGGAAAGUCUUAAGCCUUGUCUCAUGGACCUUCACCAGACCUACCUCAAAGCACCACAGCAUGCCCAACAAUCAAUAAGGGAAAAGUACAAACAUUCAAAAUAUCAUGGUGUUUCUCUUCUCAACCCGCCAGAGACACUAAAUGUGUAAGAGUGAAAAGACUGCCUUUGUUUAAAAUGGGAGUCCUCACAGUUCACGCUGUACAGUUUUUAUUUUGGAUUUUAAUUUCACAAUCAUUUCUCAAUGUAGAUGGUAUAGCCACAACAAAUUAUGGUAUCCAUUGCUUUUUAAAUGGUUUUAAUUUGUAUAUUUUUUUGUACAUGUAUCUAUCUUAGAUAUUUGGCUAAUUUUAAUUGGUUUGUUAACAUUGGUGCUGUCAGGAUAAUAAGAAUAAAUUGAUUUGGAAAUCUUUGCAAGUCAAAGUUAAUUUGAGAUAAAAGUAAGAAUGAUAAUGUCACUUAAAAAGUUAACUUGGUGGGGUAGUGAAGGCUUUCUAAUAUUUUAAGCAACUGACCCAAACUGCUGACUUGGUCCUAAAAUAAUAAAACUAGACCAAAUCUAUUUACAGUAUAGCAGAGAUCCCCUUGCUCAUUAAGCAUAUGUUGCAGUAGUUUAUGGAAGUAUUUUAUUUAUCAACUCUUACAAAUGGGCUGGGACGCUUUUGUGUAACAGAAAAGCUGCCCAGAAAAUUUAUUCAAAGCAUAAUGUUAAAGACAGAACAAUUUAUCAAAAAGUUCGGCUUUUAUAAUGGAUUUUCAAAUAAAAUAGCAUUGAAUAAAUA